AUGAAUAAAUUAACAGUUAUUGAGAAAAAUGUGCGAACAAAGCUGCGAUGUAUAAUUCGUAUGAAUACGACUAGUGCAAGACAAAAACAAACUCCGACCGAGUAUUGUUUACAGCUAGUUAGGAAGAACGAUUAUGAGAACUUUUUAUGUACGCUAUUACUUCCUCGUAGUAUUAAAUCGACGGCUUUUGCUGUACGUGCGUUUAAUGUCGAAGUAGCACAAGUGGAGGAUCAAGUGAGUGACAGUAAGAUAGGUACUAUGCGAUUACAAUUUUGGACAGAUGCUCUGAACAGAAUUUAUAAUGGUAAUCCUCCGAAGAGUCCCGUGGCAUUGGAGUUACACAGGAUCCUUCAACAACACAAACUAUCUAAACGCUAUUUCAAGCGCUUGAUUGACGCUCGUUUGAACAAGCUAAAUAGCUCAAUGUUUGUGGAUUUGGAAUCGCUCGAAAGAUAUUGUGAUUAUACUACAUCAUCAAUUUAUUAUUUGCUGCUAGAGGCACAGAAUAUAGCAAGCGUCAAUGCUGAUCAUGCAGCUAGCCACUUCGGCAAAGCACAUGGUUUAGUCACCUUGAUACGUUCUGUGCCAUAUAAUGCCCGAAAACGAGUUAUAAUAUUGCCACAGGAUAUUUUGCUAAAAUACAGUAUCUCCUCUGAAUCUAUCUUUCAGAGACAAUCAAAUGCUGGAUUUAAAGACGCUAUACUUGAAAUUGCAUCUUGCGCCAAGCAGCAUCUGAAAAUGGCGACAUCACUUAGAAAGGCUGGGAAAAAUCUUAACGCGAUAUUUCUACCGACAGUUUGCGUGGAGAAUUAUUUAGAAGAAUUAAAAAAAGUAGACUUCGAUGUUUUUCAUCCGACAUUACAAAGAAGAAAUGGCAUCCUUCCAUUACAAUUACUGUGGAGAAAGAUAUGGUCUUAGGGUGACUUUGACCAGACUCCAAUUAAUUUAA